AUGGAUCAGUCGGCUACUCUCGACAUAGAGACGCUAAAGAUUACCCAGGAGCAGUUUAUUCUUGCGUCCCAGUCGCUGCACCUCCAGCGACCAGGCUGUGAUGCCGUCUACCCGGUGGGUCUGUACGGCUGGAGGAAACGAUGCCUCUAUUUCUUUCUGCUGCUGCUGCUGGUCACCAUGAUAGUUAACAUGGCUCUCACUGUCUGGAUCAUAAAGGUCAUGAAUUUCUCAGUGGACGGAAUGGGAAACCUUCAUUUAAACCAGGACGGGAUUCGCCUUGAGGGAAUCUCCGAGUUUCUCCUACCUCUCUAUGUGAACGAGAUCCAGUCCAGAAAGGACAGCUUGUUGGUUUUGCGGUCAGAAAAGAACGUGACCCUGAACGCCCGAAACAACCAAGGCCAACUAACGGGCCAGCUCACAGUGGGACCCGAGGCUGUGGAGGCCGAGUGUCAGAGGCUGGAGGUACGAAGCAGAGACGGAGGGAGACUGCUUUUCACUGCAGAUGAGGAUGAGAUCAUCAUGACAACAGAAAAAUUCACUGUUACAGGCUCAGAAGGCGCCGUGUUUGGACAUUCAGUAGAAACUCCGCUGAUCCAGGCGAGGGCUUCCGAAGACCUGAAGCUGGAGUCUCCAACACGGACCUUGACCAUGGAGGCUCCCAGAGGGGUAGAAGUGAGCGCUGCCAAUGGGCCGCUGAAAGUCAGCGGUCGAAAGGACCUCCAGCUGGAGUCCACAGAGGGAGAGAUUCUGUUAGAUGCCAACACCAUUCAGCUGGGUAGUCUCCCACUCGGCAUCUACACAGCAUCUCCCAGCGAGGCCUCCCGGGAACAAGCCCUCUAUGAACUGUGUGUCUGCCCCAGCGGCAAGAUCUACCUCUCUCCUGCAGAGAGUAGCUCCACCUGCCAGGCCAUGAGCAACAUCUGCCUCUGGAGUUGA